AUGGGAACCAAAAUCUCAAAUUUUCACACAAUACAUUUGUUCCUCCUAUUCUUGCAACUCUCGUGUCCGAUCGAAUGCCUCGACCCGAACUUUGACCAAUCUCUAGACGCCACUUUUCACGAGCAAGCUUUCAAAUCCAUGAUCAACCAUCACCGUCUCACAGGCGCACUUUACAACACCACUCUCCCUAAAGACCUGUCGGGCAUGAAAGUCUCGGUCGUGAGGCUCCGAACCCGAACUAUGUAUAAAAGAGGAGCCACUUUCAGCCACUUUACAAUCCCACCCAGAACCCGGCCCGUGGCCUGGGUCAAGAGGGUCCUCAUAGUAUACCAUGACCUUGGCAACUGGUCUUCUUCGUACUAUAACAUUUCCGGGUAUGCUUUUAUAAGCCCGGUCAUGGGUUUCUUGGUGUAUGAUGCAUCGAAUUUUAGCGGUGGGGGUAAUUUAUCAGCGGUCGGGCUCAACAACACGUGGGGAGAGCCCGUUCGGGUGGAGUUCGAGAACAUGACAUCUGUUGUGAACCAGACGAGAUUUUGUGCUUUUUUCGGUGUGUCCGGGAAAAUGGCGCUGACCAGGAUGAGUUCGCAUGAGGAUGUGUGUUAUGGAAAGGAUGAGGGACAUUUCUCGGUGGUUGUGCCUAUCGAGAGGCAAGAAGAAAAAAGGGAUGGCCCGUUUUGGGUUAUGGGGUUGGUGGCCGGGCUCAUAGGGCUGGUGGCGGUGGGGCUGGCCGGGACGGUGGCUGUAGGGACAUUUGUGAGGAAUAGAAAUCGGGCGGUGGCUAAAGAGGCGGAUGAUCAAGGGGAGUGCCUUCAGACUAAUUGGAUUGGCGAUAGCAAAAUGGCUCGGGCUAAGGCGACUAGGACUCAGCCUGUGCUUGAGAGCACAACUCCUCCCAGUCCAAGGAUGUCCUGGUAUGCUAAAUGA